AUGGCUCGUCUCUCUGCAGCCCGCUACGGCAAGGACAACGUCCGCGUCUUCAAGCGUGACAAGCUGGCCGACGGCAGCGAGGAGGUCACAGAGUUGACUGUGUGCUGUCUGUUGGAGGGCGCCAUUGAGGAGUCAUACACCAAGGCGGACAACGCUUCUGUCGUCGCCACUGACUCGAUCAAGAACACCAUCUUCAUCAAGGCCAAGGAGUAUCCCAUCAACCCCAUUGAGCAGUGGGCCGCCAUGCUGGGUCAGCACUUUUUGGACAAAUACCCCCACAUAUCCGUCGCCAAUAUCGACAUCAUUAAGCACAAGUGGACUCGUAUGGUCAUUGACGGCAAGCCGCACCCCCACAGCUUCUACCGGGACGGCGAGGAGAAGCGCACCGUCGAGGCGCGCGUGACCCGUGAGGACAUCGUCAUCAAAUCCUCGGUCAAGGACCUGCUCGUACUGAAGAGCACGGGCUCCAUGUUCUACGGCUACGUGCAAGACGAGUUCACCACCCUAAAGGAGACUACAGACCGUAUUCUGUCAACGUCCGUGGACGCCACUUGGGAAUGGAAGAAGUUCUCAAGUGUCGAUGAGGUCAAGAGCAAUGUCGCCGCCUUCGACAAGGCCUUCCAGGCCACAAGGGAAAUCACCUUCAAGACGUUCGCUGAGGAGAACAGCCCCUCGGUUCAGGGCACCAUGUACCUGAUGUGCGAGAAGAUUCUGGAAGCAGCGCCCGAGACGGCUACCGUCAGCUAUGCGCUGCCCAACAAGCACUACUUUGAAAUCGACCUCUCAUGGCACAAGGGUAUCCAGAACACCGGCAAGGAUGCUGAGGUGUAUGCUCCUCAAUCGGGUCCCAACGGUCUCAUCAAGUGCACUGUUGCAAGAGAUUAG